GGGGAUCAAAUGUACAGCUGAAAGUCCCUAAAAGUCCAAUAACUGUCCUGGAUUAUUAGUUUCCCCUGUGGAUUCUAGUCAGAAACUCUGAUACUAAUGUUGGUGCCCCUUUUUCUUUCAGCUCUCACUGCACAUGUGCAAGCGGGAGCUGUUUAAGUGUUUCCAUAGCAACUAGUUUUCCCAGAUUUCCCUGAGCAGCAGCAGGUUUUCUUUAGGGAUCAGGAACUUUACUCACUUUGUCUGCUUAAAGGUAAGCGACAAGGCAACAAAUAGGCAUGGCUGGCCAUUACGAUGAGGGAAGAGACACAGAAGAGACCAGCAAACUUCUUUGCUCCGAUCAAAAAGACAGCGUUCCCAGUCCGGAUCACUGUGACCUCCUCCUGGAUGCGAUAGAUCGACAACUUGAUCAGCUCCAGAUUAUGUCUCCAAAACCAAAACGUGAUGUGGUUCCUACAUCAAAAACUGGCAAAAAUGAAAAUAUGCUGACCUUCUGGGAUGUUUCUGUUAAUAACAAGGAAAGCAGAAGAAGUCUGGACGUAAUCCUCAGGCGCAAGGAAGAAACUACAUUUUGUAGGGAUCAGGUCGCCUGGAGGCUUCAGAGGCUUCUUGGAGAGACGCUUCCUCUUUCAGAGAGUAUCUGCUCUGAGGCAGACCCGGAUCAACCAGACAGCGAGAACAAGACAGAGCGGACAGAAAUCUCCGACAGUGACACUCAUGAAAGUGAUCAAAACUGGCAACGUCCAGAGGAAAGAAGGUCGGAAACAAGCGACACGGCGAUGGCUCGUGGUUUACAGUCGAACAGAUCUGAUCCAGAAAGGGAAGACGGUGCGUUUCUUUCUGACAGCCGUGGAGAAAAUAUGUCGCGCCGUCAUGAGAAGGCAGGAGCCGGAGAGGGAAGCAAGACGCCACUGAGGCCUGGAGACCGCAGCAGCGGAGUUGCAACAUGGAGCUUUGGCGACAUGUCCACUGACGGCAAUUUUGAUCUGGACAUCACUGAACAGGUCAGGCGGAGAGGGUGUUGCUCCUUCAUGGAGGAUGUUGGUGAUUUGAAUGCCAGCUGCGUUGAGCACUGUGACAGUGACUCAGCUGGAGAGGAAGAGGGAGAAACUCAGCUUACAGCAGCUAGGAGAUUCCCUGAUGGACGGGAACAGAAGAAAAGUUUUUCUGCGUCCUCCAACAGUCAGCAGAACAUCAGAAAAACCGACAGUGAAAAUAAAGACAGCAGUGAAGACAUUAAAAACCCCAUCAGAACGUCCACUCCAGUGAAGACAUCAGAGAGGCAGCUGUCAGACUGCAUCAACGUGAAAGAGGAAGUCUUUGACCUCCGACGUAAAUGGGAGAACGAGGAGAAGAAGCUCAGAUCAAAGUGGAUUCAGCUGAAAGAAGUUGAGCUUUGUCUCUCCGAGCUCCGACAGAAAAAGAAGGAAGCCGCCCGGCAGCUGGAACAACUGUCUGCAGAUACGACUUGGAUGCAGAAGGAGAAAAGAUCUUUGGAGUUUGUUCUGAGAAACAGCAGGUACCAGCUACAGCAGUUGCAGAGGCAGACAGAGUCGCAUCUGAAAACUGUGUUCUGGUGGAAGAAGCAGCUGGAGGAGCUUCAUGAGGAGCUGCACAGGGCGGGGAGCUCACCGCUGAACAGAUGUCCAUGUCAGCAGAAACAGCUGGAGGAGAAAAGGCAUCAGACUGAGGAGCCCCCUGAUGUUCAAGUCAUCGAGCUCCAGCACGAACUGGGAGAAUGUAGGAUCGAGGUGGGAACGCUGGGCCAAAUGUUGGCGCAGAAGGAGCUGCAGCUGACGGGUCUGCAGGAGGAACGGGACUCUCUGCAAGCGGACAGAGACGACCUGAUGAGGGAGCUGCAGCUCUACAGAGAGCUGGAAGAAGCUCAGGUGGCGACGCAGCAAGAACUCAACCUCCACAGGAAAGAGAAAGAUCAAGCUUUAAAGGCACGUCUUAUUCAGGAGCACAUUGAGGAGUUGCGCAGUCUGAAAUGUGUUCCUGGGUCUGAGGGAGGGGCGGCAGCGUCUCUCUGCAGGCAGCUGAAGGCCCGGGAGCAGGAGCUGAGGGAGCUUAAGACCAACACGGCUCAGUGGAAGCAGCAGACUGCGGCUCGCCUCGCAGACGGCUUUGCCGAGCAGCUGACGGCUGACCUGGAGAGGUGCAAGACGACGCUGAUGAGGUGCAGCUUUUACAGGAAUGCAUCAAAGAUGAAAGAAACAAGUCCCGACGGAAGCACCAUGUCUGGGGCAAAGGAGUCUCAGGAGGCUGUUUGCUCCCACUUGCAUCAUGCAGUGGUCUGCACUGCUGCACACGUCCCCUCAGACGUCUCUCUGUUUCAGCUCCUUUGCUCCCUGCAGAGCAGAGUGAAGCAGCUCCAGGUUUUCCCAGACACACUGAGCUUUGAUGUGUCAGGAUCCUCUCUGACAACAGCGAGAGGGGAAUUACCCAAAGGAGAUUUUUGAGGAUAUUUCACUGCUAAGCAUAAUCACAGGCUGUGCAGUGGCAUACAAAAGUAUUUACACCCCUUGGAGUUUUCUGUAUUGCAACCACAAACUCUCCCGUGGGGGACGGUGUCUCAGUGGUAGUUGAGGGUUUGAUUCAAAAUCGAGAAGAGGAAGGAAAAGGAGAUGUGCCGUGCCAGUUUUUUUUUUUUUUUUCCCCCCCAAUUAAAAAUAAAAAAAAAUGUGGAUUAAUAUCCAGGUCCCACUGAGUUAAUUCCUUGUAAAAGCAUCCUUUGUGGUAUGACUCCAAAACCUCACAACUGAAAUGAUGUUGAAUGCAUUUUACAGCCAAUCAGUGGCAGUCAUUAUGACUCACUCACUGUUACAUCUGCAUGUGGUAGAAGAAUAAAAGGCAGGUCACUGUGACAUAAGGCAGCAUUCAUCUGCGCCGAGGAAAAGGAAUCUCCCGUGGCCUGUCGACACAGUGAACUGUGAAUGAGUUGUGAACUGUAAAUUAAAUCAUGCCACUUUUGUUAAAUAACCUAAUAAAACUGUCAUGUGUGAGGAAA